ACAAGAGUGAGAUAUUUCUGUUCUUUACACCAUUACUCUUAUCCACUGACAUUGUCCAAACUGAACAUUUCUUCAAUUUAUCGCUGUUGAAGUUCAAAUUAUUGCACUCAACACAGCUAAUAGUUGUUAAUUACUUACAUCAAACCAACACAGCCAUUGAAAGAUAGUCAAAGCAUGGCAUGUUCUUCUUCAUUCACAUUUGCCAGUCCAACAUCACUUCCCAGGCCCAGAAACUCACUUUGUUCUUCUCUAAUCCCCAGAGCCAUGGCAAAAGAGCUUUACUUCAACCAUGGUGGUUCAGCAACGAAGAAGUUGCUGGCAGGGGUGGACAUGGUGGCUGAGUUGCUUGGUGUUACAUUGGGUCCAAAGGGGAGGAAUGUUGUGCUGCCCAAUAAGUAUGGACCUCCCAAAAUAGUAAAUGAUGGAGAAACUGUUCUCAAAGAGAUUGAAUUGGAAGAUCCGUUGGAAAAUGUUGGUGUGAAAUUGGUGAGACAAGCUGGUGCAAAAACCAAUGACCUAGCUGGUGAUGGCUCAACUACAUCUGUUGUUCUUGCUCAUGGCUUAAUCAGAGAGGGGACAAAGGUUAUUGCUGCUGGAAUGAAUCCUGUUCAAAUUGCUCGUGGGAUUGAGAAGACAGCAACUGCACUUGUUUCUGAACUCAGUUUCAUGUCAAGAGAGGUUGAGGAUGAUGAACUUGCAGAUGUUGCAGCAGUAAGUGCAGGGAAUGAUUAUGCAGUUGGAAACAUGAUUUCUGAGGCACUGCAUAAGGUAGGCAAAAGAGGAGUAGUAACAAUUGAAACCGGAAAAAGUACUGAGAACAGUUUAGAGAUUGUGGAGGGAAUGCAAUUUGAUCGUGGAUAUUUGUCCCCAUACUUUGUCAACAAUAGAAGAAAGAUGACAGUGGAACUCCACAACUGCAAGUUGCUUUUGGUGGACAAGAAAAUCACAAACCCAAAGGAGUUGAUCAACAUACUGAACAAUUCUGCAAAAGAAAAGUACCCAAUUGUGAUAGUUGCAGAGGACAUUGAGCAAGAAGCUCUAGCUCCUGUCAUUAAAAAUAAACUUCGAGGGGCACUUAAGGUAGCUGCCAUUAAGGCUCCUGCCUUUGGUGAACGCAAGACUCACUGCUUGGAAGACAUUGCAAUCUUGACUGGAGGUACUGUGAUUAGAGAAGACAUGGGAUUCACCCUAGAAAAGGCUACCAAGGAUGUUCUGGGUUCUGCUACAAAGGUAGUCAUAACAAAGAAUUCUACCUUAAUAGUUACUGAUGGGAGUACAAGAUCACUUGUAGAGAAGAGGGUUCAUCAACUGAAGAAGCUUGUUGAGAAUACAGUGGAUAAAUUUCCCAAAAAGAUAUUGAAUGAAAGAAUAGCAAGAUUAUCAGGGAGCAUUGCCAUUCUCCAGGUAGGAGCACAAACACAAGUGGAGCUGAAGGAUAAACAAUUAAGAAUAGAAGAUGCUCUAAAUGCAACCAAGGCUGCAAUAGAUGAAGGUGUAGUAGUUGGAGGUGGUUGUAGCCUUUUAAGACUAUCCAAAAAGGUGGAUGGUAUAAAAGUACUUCUAGACAAUGAAGAACAAAAGAUUGGAGCUGAAAUCUUCAGAAGAGCUUUAAGCUAUCCUGCAAGAUUGAUAGCGAAAAAUGCUGGUGUAAAUGGCAAUGUUGUUGUAAAUAAGGUUUUAUUGGAAGAUAACAUGAAUUUUGGUUACAAUGCUGCUAAGGACUGUUAUGAGGAUCUGAUGAAGGCUAGGAUUAUGGAUCCAACAAAGGUAGUUAGAUGCUGUAUAGAACAUUCAGCUUCAGUGGCCAAGUCAUUUCUAACAUCUAAUGCUGUUGUGAUUGAGCGCAAGGAGUUGCAGCCCAUAACAUUGCCCCCAAGAAAGGCCAUGGCUACCCCAAAUCUCGCUAUACCAAAAGAUCUUGCCUUUUCGAAAGGUCUUCCUAUGUCAAAAGAUCUUGCUAUGUCAAAAGGUUUCGUACCAAAGGGUUUCUGAAAUGGAAAAUUGUGAACUUUCAGACCCAUGCCUGGCUUCAAUGUGAGCAAUGAAGAAACAGUGCAGAUUAAUCCACAGAUACAUUGUACAGAUAGUGGCAUUCACCAAUCCUAGG